AUGCUCAGAUCAACACAAGUUUUAAGAAACUUGAAUAAGUCAAGAUUUAAUUUCGUCAGAUUCGCCUCAACCAAGGAACAUGAUGUCGUUGUCAUUGGAGGUGGUCCAGGUGGUUACGUUGCUGCCAUCAAGGCCGCUCAACUUGGUCUUGACACCGCCUGUGUCGAAAAAAGAGGAAAGCUUGGUGGUACUUGUUUAAACGUUGGUUGUAUCCCAUCCAAGGCGCUUUUGAACAACACCCACUUGUACCAUCAAAUCAAGCACGAUUCAGAACACAGAGGUAUUGAAAUCGCUGGUGAUGUUAGCGUGAAUAUCACUAAAUUACAAGAAGCCAAGGAAAAGGCCGUCAAUGGUCUUACCUCCGGUAUCGAAAUGUUGUUCAAGAAGAACAAGGUCACUUACUACAAGGGUGAAGGUUCGUUCAUUGAUGAAAACAACAUCAAGGUUAAGCCAAUCGAUGGUGCUGAAGAGUUCGACAUCAAGGCCAAGGACAUCAUCGUUGCCACUGGUUCUGAAGCUACCCCAUUCCCAGGAAUUGAGAUUGAUGAAGAAAGAAUUGUCACCUCCACUGGUGCCUUAUCCUUGAAGGAAUUACCAAAGCGUCUCGCUAUUAUCGGUGGUGGUAUCAUUGGUUUAGAAAUGGCUUCUGUCUACGCUAGAUUAGGAUCUGAAGUUACCAUUAUUGAAUUCCAAAAUGCCAUUGGUGCCGGUAUGGAUGCUGAAGUCGCUAAGACAUCCCAAAAGAUCUUAGGUAAGCAAGGUCUUAAAUUCAAGUUGGGAACUAAGGUUACCAAGGGUGUCAGAGAAGGUGAUAUUGUCAAGGUUGGUGUUGAAAACGUCAAGUCCGGUGAAACUGAAGAAUUGGAAGCUGAUGUAUUAUUAGUUGCCAUUGGUAGAAGACCAUACACUGAUGGAUUAAACUUUGAAGCCGUUGGCUUAGAAAAGGACAAUAAGGGUAGAUUAGUGAUCGAUUCUGAAUACAGAACCAACAAGCAAAACAUCAGAGUUAUCGGUGACGUUACAUUUGGAGCUAUGCUUGCCCACAAGGCCGAAGAAGAAGGUAUUGCCGCUGCAGAAUACAUCAAGAAGGGUCACGGACACGUUAACUACGGAAAUAUCCCAUCUGUCAUGUACACUCAUCCAGAAGUCGCCUGGGUUGGAUCUAACGAACAACAAUUAAAGGAACAAGGAAUCAAAUACAAGGUUGGUAAAUACCCAUUCAUUGCCAACUCCAGAGCCAAGACCAACUUAGACACUGAAGGGUUUGUUAAGAUUUUAGCUGAUGCUGAAACUCAAAGAGUCUUAGGUGUUCACAUCAUUGGACCAAAUGCAGGUGAAAUGAUCGCCGAAGGUGGUUUAGCAUUAGAAUACGGUGCAUCUACUGAAGAUAUUGCUAGAACUUGUCAUGCUCACCCAACCUUAUCCGAAGCAUUUAAGGAAGCUGCAUUGGGAACCUUUGACAAGACAAUUAACUUUUAA